AUGUCUUCAAUUAGAAAAACUACAAACAACCUCUUGGACCCUCUUACCGGUCUUCAGCGCAACUCAGCUCACACAAACAAAUCUGAUGUCGCUGUAAACCUGGGUAGAAAUGGCUCUGCCGGUAGCAAGUGUACCAAAGAGGACACUCUUAAUACACCCGGCCUUCAACAGAAUAGGACCAGUUCAUCCUUGAUUUCAGAGCGUCCUAUUGACCAAGCUCGGCCACUGAAGCUUAUUUACAUCGGUGCCGGUAUAUCAGGAAUUAUUGCUGCCAUUCAGUUUCGAAAGACUGUUCCUCACCUGGAUUUGGUCAUAUACGAGAAAAACCCGGAUCUAGGGGGGACAUGGUAUGAGAAUAAAUACCCAGGCUGCGCAUGUGAUGUGCCAUCCCACACAUAUCAGCUUAGCUUCGAAUCGUGGACUGAGUGGAGCCACUUCUUCUCUGGAUCCGGGGAGAUCCUUGAAUACUGGAAGAGAGUGGCAGAGAAAUAUGAUGUUCGGAAGCACAUCCGAUUCAAUCGGCGAUGCGUUGGAGCAUGUUGGAAUGAUAUCACGGGGAGAUGGGUUGUCCGGAUUGAAGUAGACAACGGGGAUGUUUUUGAGGACUCAGCCGAUGUGCUGAUGACUGGAACCGGCCUGCUCAACAAGCCGAAGUGGCCUUCAAUUCCAGGCCUCCAAUCUUUCCAGGGACAAUUGCUACACAGCGCUAGUUGGGUGGAAGGUUUUGACGGUCAAGAAAAGAAUGUCGCCGUGAUCGGUGCAGGAAGCAGUGCAAUCCAAAUUGUUCCCGCUCUUGUCGACAAGGUCAAGUCUAUGGACCACUACAUACGGGGAGGGAUGUGGAUCUCUAGCCAACACGGUAGCCAUCCGGGUAAUUUCCAAUAUACAGAGGAGGAAAAGCAAGUAUGGCGGAAUGACCCGGCGGCAUAUACGGAGUACCGCAAGGAGCUAGAGCUUGAAAUCCAAAAACAAUACGCCCUUUCGCAGAGGAGUAGCAGUGUCCAACAGUCCGCAGUGGCGCAAUUCCAAGCCGAGAUGCAACGCAGACUGAAAGAGAAACCAGAAGUGCUGGGCCUCCUGUUACCUGACUUUCCUCCCCUCUGUAACCGUCUGACCCCCGCCCCUGGCUACCUGGAAGCAUUAGUAUCGCCAAAGGUUAAUGUAAUUCCUGACCGAAUCACCUGUGUUGAUGAGGCGGGUAUCAUAACCGCGGAUGGCAGACAUCGCCCCGUGGAUGCAAUUGUCUGUGCGACCGGGUUCGAAAAGUCUCUAGGAGGCAGCUUCCCGAUUUUAGGUCGCAAUGGCAUCCCCCUGCGUGACAGGUAUGCGAACCGACCUGAGACAUACCUGGGUCUUUGCACGGACGGAUUUCCCAAUUUCUUCCAGUCGUUAGGACCUAAUUCCUUUCAGGGAGCGGGUAACCUACUAAUCAUGAUAGAGCAGAUACACAUAUACGUUGGGCAGAUAUUAUUUCGAAUGGCCUACGAUAAUAUCGGUCUUGUCGAGCCAAAGAGAAGUCAGGUCUUGAACUUUAGCAACUAUGCAGAGGAAUACUUCGAGCGAACAGUCUAUAGUUCUGAAUGCAACAGCUGGUAUAAAUCAGCUCCGCCAGGAGCAACGCUACAGCAACGUAAGAGAGGUCGGAUUACCGCUCUUUGGCCUGGUAGCAGUAUUCAUGCAAUCAAGGCACUAGGUUAUGUCCGGUGGGAGGACUUUGAGACCCUACCAUAUGAUGGCAAUGAGUUUGGAUGGUUCGGAAAUGGUUGGGCGGAGGUUGAGAAUAAGCCCGAUAUUGACCCGGAAGGAUUCACUUGGUACCUGAAUCAGACAUCCUUUCUCGGCACUGUAAUUUUAGAGCUGGAAAUUCAAUAA